AUGCAGAUGCUUGGUAUACUACCCAUGUACCUUUGCCCUGCUCUCGACAGCACCAUGGCCUCCUCCAUCCCUAGCCAGGUACGAUCCACCUAUAUCGCCUGGAGCCGCCGUUCGUUUUCUUCCAGCACCCCUGCGCUCUCUUCAUCUCAAUUCCAUCGUUCCGAUUUUGCCAAUCAACCUUUCUCCAGCAUAUAUGAGCCUGGGCUUCCCACCUCCGGUCCGUUGGGCGGGGCUUCCCUCUACGGUGCGCCACGGCUCACUCCCAAGAUGUUGAAGCAGCAUCUCGAUCAGUUUGUCGUCGGCCAAGAACGAGCGAAAAAGGUUCUCAGUGUCGCCGUGUUCAAUCACUACCAAAGGGUACAAGAACUACAAAGACGGGAGGAAGAAGAGGAAGAGCUGAUCGCACAGAGAACACGUAGAGAGCGUCAUCCUGUCGAAAAUGAAUUCCCUGGUCAACAGCCGACUAUUCGUAUGGGUGCACCAGCCCCGUCCGCUUUCGACCAGCAUACAAAUACUUCACGCCUCGUUGAUACAAGCCCACUGACCCUGGAGAAGUCGAACAUCCUCCUCCUAGGGCCUAGCGGAGUUGGAAAGACAUUGAUGGCGAAGACCCUGGCGCGAGUUCUGUCGGUACCAUUCUCCAUGUCAGAUUGCACCCCUUUCACGCAGGCUGGGUACAUUGGCGAAGAUGCCGAAGUUUGCGUUCACCGUCUUUUGGCUGCUGCGAACUAUGACGUUGAGAGGGCUGAACGUGGCAUUAUUUGUUUAGACGAGGUUGACAAGAUUGCAACAGCAAAAGUCAGCCACGGCAAGGAUGUUUCUGGCGAAGGUGUACAGCAAGCCCUGUUGAAAAUCAUCGAAGGCACCACCAUCCAAAUCCAGGCUAAACCUGAGCGAAAUGCACCACGGGCAGGCGGUCAAUCACAGACCUAUCCGACAAAUAGCCCGUUGGGAGGUGGGUUCGGCGCCAGCUCUAGCCCAUCAAGCAACGCCGCCACCCCCGCAAAGGGCGAGGUUUAUAAUGUUAGGACCGACAACAUUCUUUUCAUCUUCAGCGGCGCAUUUAUUGGACUACAGAAGCAUAUCAUGGAUCGAUUGACCAAAGGAAGCAUAGGUUUUGGAGCAAGUGUACGCUCAAGCUCCAAUUUGCUUUCCUACGGACGCGACCAGAAAUCAACAACCACAAAUCCUGUGCCCAUCCUGCCUGGCUCGCAAGAAGAGGCUCUGUAUAAGAAGCAUUUGCCAUUCUUCACCCCCGCGCCAGCACCCGAACAGAAUUCUCCUGAUGGCACUCCCCCCGAGCCCAAUUAUUUUAACCCAUUGGACCUAGCUACCCCGGCCGACCUGCAGUCUUACGGCUUCAUUCCUGAACUUGUUGGCCGCAUACCAACGACUGCUGCUUUAUCCGCCCUAACACAUUCUCUACUUCUACGCAUCCUGACGGAACCCCGUAACUCCCUUGUUGCGCAAUACAUCACUUUGUUCUCUCUUUCCGGUAUAGAGCUUCGUUUCACCACACCAGCCCUCCAUGUCGUCGCGGCAAACGCUCUUGCUAUGGGUACAGGAGCCCGUGCUCUUCGUACCGAAAUGGAGACCAUCCUUGGUGAUGCAAUGUUUGAGGCACCGGGGAGCAGCGUAAAAUAUGUCCUGGUAACUGAACGUGUGGCAAAGAGGGAAGAAGGAGCAAUCUAUUUUGGCAGAGGUCAAGGUGGAAAGUUUCAUGCUCUCAUCGCCCAAGAAGAGGGUGAUUGGGAGGACAAGCAAAAGCGGAGGGAUGUGGACAAGAAGAACGAAACCACGUCGGCCAGCUUUGAAGACUGGAGAACAAAGACUACAAUGGCAAUUGGAAGCGGAGGUUGA